CCCGCCUCGGCCGCCGCCGCCGCCGCCGCUGCCGGGGAAUAAUCUGGGCGGCAGCGGGCGGCCCCGGCCAGCAGCCACGAGCCACUUCUGCGGCUGCCGAGCAGAGCGGAGGUCGCCGGUCUCGUGUCGUCCCCCUCUCCGCCCCCCAGGAGGGGCGAGAGGGAGCCGAGGCUGAUGUCAGAAAUACAUUUUCGGGAAAUGGCCUCUAAAUCUUGGCUGAAUAUUUUAACCUUCCUUUGUGGAUCAGCAGUCGGAUUCGUUUUAUGCUCUCAGCUACUUAGUAUUUUGUUGGAAGAACAGAAGGACAUCCAGCCUAGUAUUCUUCAUAAUGAUCCUCACGCUAGGCAUUCAGAUGACAGUGAACAGAAUCAUCUAGAAGGACAGAUGAACUUCGAUGCAGAUGCCAGCCAACAUAAAGAUGAGAACACUGACAUCGCUGAAAAGCUCUAUCAGAAGGUUAAAAUUCUUUGCUGGGUAAUGACAGGGCCUCAAAAUCUAGAGAAAAAGGCUAAACAUGUCAAAGCUACAUGGGCCCAGCGUUGCAAUAAAGUGUUGUUUAUGAGUUCAGAAGAAAACAAGGACUUCCCUGCUGUGGGAUUAAAAACCAGAGAAGGCAGAGACCAACUGUACUGGAAAACGAUUAAAGCCUUUCAGUAUGUUCAUGAUCAUUAUUUAGACGAUGCUGAUUGGUUUAUGAAAGCAGAUGAUGAUACUUACGUUAUACUGGAUAACUUGAGAUGGCUUCUCUCAAAAUACAACCCUGAAGAACCCAUUUACUUUGGGAGAAGAUUUAAGCCCUAUGUAAAGCAGGGCUACAUGAGUGGAGGAGCAGGAUAUGUACUAAGCAAAGAAGCUUUGAAGAGAUUUGUUGAGGCAUUUAAAACAGACAAAUGUACGCACAGUUCCUCCAUCGAAGAUUUAGCACUGGGGAGAUGCAUGGAAAUUAUAAAUGUAGAAGCAGGAGAUUCCAGAGAUACCACUGGAAAAGAAACUUUUCAUCCUUUUGUACCAGAACACCACUUAAUCAAGGGUUAUCUGCCAAGAACCUUUUGGUACUGGAAUUAUAACUAUUAUCCUCCUGUAGAGGGUCCUGGUUGCUGUUCCGACCUUGCAGUUUCUUUUCACUAUGUUGAUCCUACAACUAUGUAUGAGUUAGAAUACCUCGUUUAUCAUCUUCGUCCGUAUGGUUAUUUAUACAGAUAUCAACCUGCCUUACCUGAGAAGAUGCUAAAGGAACAACAAAAUAUUCCACCUCUGAUUUUGAAUAAUCUACAUUGAAAAAACAGAAACACCUAUGCUUUUGUCCAGUGAGGUGGAGAAUUCUCCUCUGGUUGGCUGUCCCUGGCUUCUCUGAGUGCUGUCGUCUUGUGCUGUGACUUCCACCUACCGCUGUGUUUGGUCCUGAGGAAGGAACUUGUCCUCUCCCUUAUGCAGCAGAGCAGAGACCAGAUGUUCCUGGAUGUUCCAGAAUAUCAGAAGAAAAAGUGCAGAGAAUAAUUUAUGAGAGCUGCCUAGAAGGAUUGGGAUCCUCUCAGCGCUCACCAGACCGUCUUUCCCUUGCCUUUUUUCCAAAGCACCAGCAGUAGCUGAACCACCCCCACUAGAAGCAUUCCAGAUACCGCUACAUUUUUAUAGAGUGUCCACCAAAUUGACAUCUACCCUGUGUUAAAUAAAGAAGCUCUUCCUUCACCCCAGGUUACAGCUCUCACACUUCACUUCCUGCUGGAGAACUGACUCCUCCCCUGGGAAACUGACAGGGAAAACAUUCACUGUCUUCAGAGGAAAUCCCAUCUUUACCCAGAGGAGUGUGGUCUGGAUUUGUGGUCCCCAUGUGGAAAUACCAAGUCAUCUGUGAAAGUGAAAGUCACUCAGUCACGUCCAACGCUUUGCGACCCCAUGGGAUUCUCCAGGUCAGAAUACUGGAGUGGGUAGCUUUUCCCUUCUCCAGGGGAUCUUCCCAACCCAGGGAUUGAACCCAGGUCUCCUGCAUUGCAGGCAAAUUCUUUACCAGCUGGGCCACCAGGGAAGCCCAAGUCUUCAGAGGAAAUCCCAUCUUUACCCGGAGGACUGUGUCUGGAUUUGUGAUCCUCAUGUGGAAAUACCCAGUAAUCCAACUUCAGUGUAUCUGGUGAAGUCUGUAUUGUUCAUUCUUAAAUAAAUCCCAUUGGAGCAGCAGCAGCCAAAGCCAGGUGAAGGCUGCUGAAGCCAGGUGAAGGUGCAGGCUCAGACCUGUACCUGUUCUGUCUCACCUCAUUAAGGGUUUUAAACAGGUCUUAGGAUCCAAUUCCAGCUAUAUGGUCACUUCACUAUAACAGUCAUCAACCUUGAAACGUAACAGAAGUUACUUGAUAACUUCAUUUACAUCAUUUUCCUCUUUAAAAAUUAGCCACUUUCAAAUCUUCAUCUUCUUUAAAGUGUCAAAAUUUUAGAAGUGGAAGCAGAACAAAAGAACUGGGAAAUAAUGAGUGAAUCACCUGUGUUUUCUUAGUGAUCCUAAAUUAGACAUGUGCCCUGCUAUUUCUGCAAUCUGUAAGUAAUAAUGACAUUUAGUGUUAUUUUCCAUCUGAGAGUCUCAUUAUUUUACCGUUAGACUUUCUUUUCAUGUUUUAUUGUCCUUACACUCUUCAGCUACUGAAUCCUCAGAUUUACCAAAUGGAAAGCUGUUCAGAAGUCAAGUGACUCAACAAGUGAAGCAGAACUGAGUGGUAAAAUUUAACCUGAGUCUGAAGUUUCAAAAAACACCAAGACCCACUUUCCUUUACUGACUUAAAAGUGGGACGAAAUGAAAAAUUACUUGGUGCUCACGAAUUUUAAGAUCACAAAUGACCUCAUUUAGGGCUAAUUGAUUAUCUCAUAAUAAUGUAAAUAAAUUUGCUCUCUAUUAACUCUAGAUCACUGCAUAGAUUAUUUGAAACUCACUUAUCAGAAUAUCUUUUCAAGGGUUUUCUUUUUUAAUUGUUUGCAUCUAGAACUUUUGAUGCAGAAUUACCCAGACUUCUUGCCAUUACUGAAAUUCAAAUAAGCGAAGCAAGGAAAAUAGAAGGUGUGAAAAUAUAAGGCAGUGAUUGUACCCAAAAGCACGAUUAUUAUCAUCAGUGAGUUUGUUUGUUUGUUUUUUUAAUAAAAUUAAAGUAGAUUGGUCUACUUUGACACUAUUUUCUCCAUAUUCCACCUUAUGUGAUAGAAUGGAAGGAUGUUAGUGAUUUCCUCUCUAAAAGUGACUGUACUUCUCACACCUAAGAAUUAAAAAUCAACCUCACUCCAUAGCAUAUCAUGUUAAAAUUAGGAGCUGUCAUGGUUACCUCUUUCAUCUCUCCACAGGUAAUUCUUCCCAAGGUUCAGCCCAAGCUAUUCUGUGUACAGAAGGUCAGCAAACAUUUGAUUUAUUUUGUUAGAUUAAUAUAAGUCAAAAUCACACCCAGGAAGCUGGGGUGUGGUAAUAGAGACUUCAGAUCUCCUAAUACCCUAAUUCUAAGCCCGUCAGUCAGUAUUCUCUUCCACGCAAGAAAGAAUGACAACUUGACAAGAAACAAUCCGGCUUCUAGAGUCAAGGCACACUAGGCUAUAAGAAAAACUGGCAUAACAGGAUGGCUUGCUUUAGGGCUGGAGGAGUGUUCGGGGGUAAACCUAGCCCAAACCCCUUGGAUUAUAACCACAGCAGACAGGGGUGUUACAGUUAUAAGGUGUAUGUCAUGAAGUCACACUCUUAGAUCCUUUUAGUUGAGCAAAUAUUUAUAGAUAACCUACUCUCUACAAACCUCUGUGGGAGAUAAAAAGAUAAAUGAGACGUAAUUCUUGCUUUCUCAAUCUUCAAUGUCUUUCUAAUUUUCAACUAAAUACGUAAUUCAAUUUUCCCCCAAUACUCUUUUUAUUCUUACAGUUCUUGGUGUACGAUUGUCUCCUGGACAUCAUUUAAUGCUCAUACAAUUCCAACUAGUAAUUUUAUUUUUUGCUCUCAAUUCAUCUCCCCACUCUAAGAUCAAGACCAGGGUGGUGAAUGGGAGUGUUGGUGAAUAAUUCCAGUCAACUGUGCUGUCAAGCUGAAAUCACAUCAGGCAUGUGACUUGAACAUACAAAGUCAAAAUAUAUUCACAAUUUCUGUGUCUCUGGAUUUUUCACCUUUUCAUUGUUAGCUUUCAGUACCAUUUUUGGUAGGUGAAAUUGAGGCUUUAAAAAAGCAAAAUCAAAGCUCAUAAUGCAAUUUUAAAGUACAACAAAAGUUAUAUGUUAAACUGCCAGAUCAUUUGCCCGUUCUUUCUUGAAUUAAGCACAGCACCCACUUGCGUGCAUGUACACACACACACACACACACACACACACACUUUGGAGACCUCUGGUGAACAGUCUAUUGUCAGGGUUAACGGGACUUGUGAGGAUCUGCUGCUGACCUGAGCGCAGCAUGCAGAAAGUUAGGUGGUAAGUGGCCUUGAGAGUCUCUCCUGGGGAGAGGGGACAGGGAAACUCUCCAGGAAGAUCCCCUGGAGGAGGGUGGGCCCUUCAGUCUUUCUUAUUCUGUAUACUUGGGGCAAGGCUGCCUGGCCCUUAGACACCAAUACGGGUAGCCCCCGCUUUAAAAGUUGCUCUCCUCCACUUUGCUUUUACAAAACACCUAUAUUAGUACCUGUUUCCCAACAGCUCAGUUGGUAAAGAAUCCAACUGCAAUGCAGAAGACCCCGGUUUGAUGCCUGGGUCGGGAAGAUCUGCUGGAGAAGGGAUAGGCUACCCACUCCAGUAUUCUUGGGCUUCCCUUGUGGCUUAGCUGGUAAAGAAUCCGCCUGCAAUGUGGGAGACCUGGGUUCGAUCCCUGGGUUGGGAAGAUCCCCUGGAGAAGGGAAAGGCUCCCCACUCCAGUAUUCUGGCCUGGAGAAUUCUAUGGACUGUAGAGCCCAUGGGGACGCAAAGAGUUGGACACGACUGAGUGACUUUCACUUGUUAACCCAAAAAAAUCCAAAGAAGACUUUUGCUUUUAUGGAGAAGGUAGGAAAAGUGAAAAUACUAUUCCACAGCAUUGAUUUUGCUGUGAUGGAGCCGUUAACAGAGACAGAGCACACCCUCCCGAGAGCGGGGAGAGAGGCACCACCAAGCCCUUCCCCAGGGACUACACUCAGCAUCUCAGCAUCACACCACCCUCGUUUUGAACUGUGUCUGUGAGCAUCUGUGCUCCAUCUCAGUUUAUUUUGUGCAUCUGUUCGCAAGAUGUGUCCUAAGGUAACUGCUUCUUUGCUUUAUGACAUUUCAGCUUAUGAAAGCUUUCAUAGGAACGCUCCACUUUCGGAGAGCCAGGAAACCUGUAUUUAGCUGAUCACUGGAUAAGGACUGCCCAAGGAGACGGCAUGAUUUUGGACAAGGUAGCUCUCUUCAGUUGAGGGUAAUUCUUGGAACUUGAUUGAGAACCAUCAGCUGCCCACACUCCCAGCAGCUGGGGAAUAACAGAUGCCUCAGACAUGCAGGGGAGACCGGACCCCACCUCACCACAGAUCCACUGUAAUGGGAUCCACGACAGAAUCUCAGUAAAAAUCUGGCCAUGAAAGCUCACCUGUGGCUUCUGUCUUCAGUCCUUUAUCGUUUUGUUUUCUUUUGGCUCUUCAAGAGUAUCCAGACCUUCCCACUCUUUCACCCUUUGUGCUUUGAUUUUUCAAUGCUUUAAAACAUUCCCAGUUUAAAGAUUGAGAGUGAGGCUAAAACAAUACUUGCCCGAGAACUCCUUAGAUUGCUCUGAAUAACUCCCAGGUAUGCUUUGCUCAAAAGAGGACUGUUGUGAACCAAUCUGGGCUUCUGAGAAAAGUCAAAUUGAAUUGAGUAGGCAGGAAAGUUGGGAGCUGCCUGUGCAGUGUGGCUAGGAUGGUCAUGGAGGUGCCCGGGGCCACUUGGUUCUGAAAUUGUUUUCUUUCAUAACCACCUCUGAAACCCUGGUGUUGCUCACCCGUCAGUGUCCUUCACUUUGCCCUUGGGCUGAACUAUUUCGUUUCGUUUUGUUUAUCACGUUGUGUCUGAUUGGAAUUUCCAGGCUUGACUGCCUGACACCUCUGACACCUCAGGUCAGGUCAGCCUGCUGUUCCUCUGUGUCCAUGAAAGGGCAUACAUGUGAAGCUGACAUCAUUCCUGCCCUGGUUUUUACCUAAUACGCGAGCUAGAUUAUACCUGUUGGAGCUGUAGUAAAAGACAUGAGAGGUACUAGCACAUACCUGAGGAUUGCCGAAUACCCGCUGAUAACACGACUGAAGAAUGGGUGAGGGCCUCUGAGGUAAGGGAGUCCUCAACUGGGAAGUAGAUGGGCAGUUACAGUAGAUAGAGUUUGUAAAACAGCCUCCCCUCUCCAAAAGUGUCCCAGCCUAACCCCAGAACCUGUGAAUCUGAGGAAAUAGCACUUCGUGAUUCUGUUGUGCUAAAGUAUAGUUUGCCGUGCUGUGCUGUCUGACCCUUUGCAACCCCAUGGACUGUACCCUGCUAGGCUCCUCUGUCCAUGGGAUUCUCCAGGCAAGAAUACUGGAGUGGGUUGCCAUGCCCUCCUCCAGGGGAUCUUCCCAACCCAGGGAUCCAACCCACGUCGCCUGCACUGGCAGGCAGAGUCUUUAUCACUGAGCCGCCUGCGAAGCCCAAAUCAUAGUUUACUUUCUUAAAGCAAGGAGAUUAUCUGGCAUUAUACAGAUGAACACAGUGUCAUCACAAGAGCCUUUAGGAAUGGAGAGCUUUCUCCAACCAGAGUAGAAAAGGACGUCUAGCAGCAGAGCGAACCCCAGCUGACAUCCAGCAAGAAAAGCGGGGUCUCAGUCCUCAGCUGCGAGGGCCUGAGUUGUGCUAUCAUCCUCAGUGAGCCUAAAGUGUAUUUUUUACCCAAGCCGCCAGAUAGGAGACCCCGAGCAUGGAGCCUGUCUGGAUUUCUGACCUAUAGAACUGUGAGAUUAUAGAUCGGUGGUGUUUUAAGCUGACAAAUGUGUGGUAAUUUGUUACUGCAGCACUAGAGAGCUAGUACAGUAGCCAAAAUCAACAAGUUUACUCCUCACUAUUUUGUAAAGCCCUGCUGCUUUGGAGAAAAUUAGCAUCUGCCUCUAAAACCAGUCUGUCGGAAGGGGAGGGUAGCCUGAGAUCCAAAACAUACGCAUCAUUAUGUGCUGACUUGAGCUGGAGCUUUAUGUACCUGCACUCCAAACACCUAUCCUAUGUGGCAAAUGCUGUUAGCAUGCUAAUACCAUCAUAGACUGCUGACUGGUGUUCACAGAAACUAAGAGAUGAGUCCAGGGAGCUCUUCAUCCUGGUGCACACCAGAAUCACCUCAUGAGCUUUUGAAAUUCCUGUGGCACAGUCCUGAGUCACUGCAGUCCAGGCCUCUGGCACUUUUAAUUGUCUUUUUUUUUUAAACUUAGUUUUAGUAACAGGGCUUAUUUAUUUACUGUUUGUUUUUCUUCCAAUUUUAUUGAGAUGUAAUUUAAAUAUAGCCCUGUAUAAGUUUAAGGACUUAUAUACAUCAUGAAACGAUGACCAAAGUAAAUUUAGUGAACAUCCAUCAUCUCACGUUGACUCAACAUUAAAGAAAUAGAAAAAAAAAAUUGUUUUUCUUGUGUGAAAACUCUUAGGACUUUAACUUUCAGUUAUGACAUAUAGCAAUGGUAUCUUUAUCAUGUUGUACCUACUGUCUGCAUGUCUUGUAACUGGAGGUUUGUGCCUUUGGACUGCCUUCCUCCAAUUCCCCCUCCCCAACACCUACUACCUCUGGUAUCAGCUACUUGUUCUCUUUUUCUAUGAGUUUACAUGUUUUUGAAUAUUGCUGAUCUAUUGUACUCUCUUAGUUCUUGGUAUACAACAUAAUGAUUCACUAUUUCUCUGCAUUGCAAAAUGGUCACCGUGAUAGGUCUAGUUACCAUCUGUCACCAUACAAAUAUACUACAUGGUUAUUGAUUCUACUCACCACAUUAUUACACGUUUCAUACACAGAACUCAUAUUUUUGUAGCUGGAAAUUUGUUACCUCUUAAUCUCCUGCACCUAUUUCCCUCAUCCCCCACCUUCUGCUCUGGCAACCAUCUGUUCAUUCUCUUUUAUCUGUGGCUAUUUCUGUUUGUUCAUUUGCUUUGGUUUUUUAGAUUCCCACUGUAAGAGAAUCAUAUGAUAUUUGUCUUUGUCUGACUUAUUUCACUUAAUACCAUCUAGUCAAUCUAUGUUGCCACAAAUGGCAAGAUUUCUUUUUUUUUUUUUUUUUGGAUGAGUAGUAGUCCAUUGUGUAUAUAUACUGCAUCUUCUUUAUUCAUCUAUUGAUGAGCACUUAGGUUGCCUUCAUACCUUGGCUGUUGUAAACAAUGUGGCAGUGAGCAUAGAAAUGCACCCCUAGCACUUUUUAAACCUCCUUGGAUGGAUUCUGAUGUAACCAGGUGAUGUUUGAGAACCCCUGGUUUAAAUCGUGGUCCCUGCACACCUGUGUCAGAGUCCACCCAGGGCUGGGGCAGGCACAGUUGUUGUCUCUGUGACAACCAUCCACUACUUCUUCAUUUACAACAGAGUCCCAGUUCUGUUCCAGUAGCUAUGUGCCUUACCUUAGGGGAUAAAUCAUAGUCAUCUCAAUUUUAUACUCUAGCCACGCUAUCCCAUUACACUUCCUCAAAAACCGUCCUAUCUCCUUGCAGCUAGAGGCAACCAGUAACACAGUUCUGGCCAGACACAUAUAAGGAGACUCUACCAUGGUGUGGAGUUUCUAGGAAAGAUUUUUCUCCCAGAAAACAAAGACGAGGCACCAGGAGAGCUAUCUGGUGCCAUUCUUAAAUGUGAUGGUGAGAGGAUGUGCUCCAGGGAACAGCAUUGGUCAUGGCCAUGAGCUCUAAGGUACGAAGCUGAUGUGCUGAGACAGUAGGAUAGAAAGAAAGCAAGCCUGGGACCCUGAUGACCUCUGAACUGUGCCAGCCCUGGAACUGUUAUUAGUAGACUUGUUACGUGAGAUAAUUAGAUUACUAGUGUAUCUUCUGUUGCUUGCACCUUAAAGCAUUUCUAACUGUACACAAGGCAAUAUUAAGUAAAGAGAUAAACUGGAGAAAACACGUCUACAACUUUCUAAUUGAAAAACAACUUUGUCUGUAAAAUGUGUAUUUGCAUAUAAAUUGGGAAGUAAUGGGUCUGUUGGAAGAAAAGCUAUGACAAACCUAGACAGUGUAUUAAAAAGCAGAGACAUCACUUUGCUGACAAAGGUCCAUUUAGUCAAGGCUAUGGUUUUUCCAGCAAUCAUGUAUGGAUGUGAGAGUUGGACUAUAAAGAAGGCUGAGCGCCGAAGAAUUGAUGGCUUUUGAACUGUGAUAUUGGAGAAGAUUCUUGAGAGUCCCUUGGACUGCAAGGAGAUCACACCAGUCAGUCCUAAAGGAAAUCCUGAAUAUUCAUUGGAAGGACUGAUGCUGAAGCUGAAGUUCCAAUACUUGGGCCACCUGAUGCAAAGAGCUGACUCACUGGAAAAGACACUAAUGCUGGGAACGAUUGAGAGCAGGAGAAGGGAGCACAGGAUGAGAUGGUUGUAUGGCAUCACCAACUAAAUGGACGUGAGUUUGAGCAAACUCUGGGAGAUAGUGAAGGACAGGGAAGCCUGGCGUAUUGCAGUCCAUGAGGUACCAGACAGUCGGACACGACUGGGUGACUGAACAACAACAAUGAGUCUGUGAGGAGGGAUGAGGGAAGAGAGAGAGUAGUCAAAAUAGCACUCACUUUUUACAAAAAUUGCAGAGGAUCUGAUGAAGGAUACAGCUCCCAGGGUCUCUGAAAAUGCUUAGAAUUUUCACACAGCUUAAAAGUUCACACAACUUUUAAUAAAUAUGCUAACUCCACAUAUCAGAACACACACCCUAGUUAUCUAGAGCUAUAUAGACACAAGAUCUCUUUGUUUAAAAAUCUUACAGACUUACCAUUUGGAGUGUCGUAACUUCAUCCCCAGAACCCUCUUCACUUAACCAAUUUAGAAGUGAUUCAAUACACAGAAAAUUGUAUGUGAGCUCCCUGAAAAAAGCAGCCAUCUCCCUUUUGUUUGUUGUCCUAUCCGUAGUUUAAAGCGCAGCGCUUUGAACAAAGUAGAAGGCAUUCACCCAAAGUCAACUGCAAAGUCCCAAACACCCAGAGAGCAAGUGCCUUCUCGGGAACUGGUGUUUUGUGAAGCACCGGGAAUGUGUCAUUUGUUCAUUCUCUCAGAUAGAGCCCAAGCACUGAAGAACAAAGUACUUUCUAAAGGUCACGGAGCUAAACAGUUGCAGAGCCAGUUCUGUCCCUAUUUAUUCCCUGCUCUUCCUCCCAGAUUCAUUUCCCACAAUGCCCAAUUCACCCUUCUUUAUUUUUUUGGUGGUUUAAUUUUGUUGAAGUAUAGUUGAUUUACAGUGUUGUAUUAGUUUCAGGGGUACAGCCCAGUGAUUCAGUUGUACAGAUAAACAUAUUCAAUCUGUUUUGGAUUCUUUUCCUUGUAUAGGCUGUCACAGAAUGUCGAGCAGCGUCACCUGUGCUGUACAUAGACCCUCACUGGUUAUCUUAUACUAACAUAUGGUGGUCUGUUUGUGUUCAUCCCAAGCUCCUGGGUGGCCCCCCGCCAUGUUUCCCCUUUGAUCACUGUCAGGUUUUACUUUCAGCAUCUGUACUUCUGUGUCUGUUUUGUAAACAAGUUCAUCCGUAUCUUGCUUUAAUUAGUUUCCACAUAUGAGUGAUUUCAUAUAUUUGUCUUUCUCAGCCUCUUACGUCACUUAGUAUGGUAAUCUCUAGGGGCAUCCACAUGGCUACAAAUGGCGUUAUUUCAUUCUUUUUUAUGGCUGAGUGAACACGACUUGGUGACUACACGACAGCGAAGUAUUCCACUGUAUAUGUGUACCACACCUCCCUUGUCCAUUCCUCUGCCAAUGGACAUCUAGGUUGCUUCCAUGUCUUGGCUAUUGUAAAUAGAGCCACAGUGAACUUUGGGGUGCAUGUAUAUUUUUGGGUUAUAGUUUUCUCCAGACAUAUGCCCAGGAGUGGGAUUGCUGGAUCACAUGGUGGUUUUUUAAGGUACUGUCGUACUGUUCUCCACAGUGGUUGUACCAACUGACAUUCCCACCAACCGUGUAGGAGGCUCUCCUUUUAUCUACACCCUCUCCAGCAUUUAUUAUUUAUAGACUUUUUUUUUUUUUUGAUGAUGCCUUUUUUGACUGGUAUGAGAUGAUGCCUCACUGUAAUUUUGAUUUAUGUUUCUCUGGUAAUUAGUGAUGUUGAGCACUUUUUAUUGUGUUUUAUGUCUUCUUUGGAGACAU